AAGUUUGCCCCAGAAGCAGGGCAGAGAGGGAGGCAACCCCACCAGCUUUGCGAUGGAGACGAUCAAGCUGCUCUUGCUCCGCAUGGGAUGCCGCUAUGAGGUCACGUUCAUGGAGAAGGAGAGAGGCUGGACAAUGUUGCGGAACGUCAGAGACCAGCUCCAGGGGGUGACGCUUCUGGCCAGAGCCAUGCUGCAUUUCGCUUGCCCUGAAGUCACCAGGAUCCUGGAUUUGUUGUUCUCUCUCCUCCACAAAGGCAGUGAGAAAUCCACACCGCCCACCAUUGCUUUCUUUGUAGAGCUGCUCCAUUACCAAGAGAUCGACCAUCUUCCUGAAGGUCAGAUUCUGGACAGUCUGGAGGAAUGGAUGCAGCAUCCCAGCCCAGAGGUCCGUUCUUUGGGCCUGCGAGGACUCGGCAUCCUCGCCAUCCACCCAGACAAGGUGGAAGAGGUCAAGGCCCUGCUGCCUUCACUCCUGGCAAGUCUGGAGGAGACUGAAGGCCGAGUGGUCACUGAGGGCCUCGUUGCCAUCCAGAACCUCUUGAAGUUCAUGCACCGGAACGACAUAGUCAGCCUCGCCGAGAAACUGCUUCCGUUGUUCAACUCUGAAGACACCAAAGCACGCAGCUCUGCCAUCAGCCUCUUUGCCGAGCUGCCCAAUGUGGUGAAGAAAAAGGAGAAGUACCUCAUUCAGGAGCAGGUGAGCCAGAGCCUGGUCCCGCUGCUCCUUCACCUGCAAGACGAGGAGCUGGAGGUGGUCAAGGGGUGCCAGGAAGCCCUCGCCCGGUGCUUCCGGUUUCUGGGGUGGGUCCUUCCAAAGAAGGUCACAAGCAAGAAGGCUUGGCACGACCACCCUGAAACUGCAGAGAUCCUCUGCCGGCAAAUUUCAUGGAAGGUCAAGACUGUUCCGGCCAUCUUGCUCCAGUGCCUGGACCACCUGCAGUGCCCGCAGAUGUCAAUCCGGAGAGCAGCGGCCAUCUUUAUUGGUUGUGUUGCCCAAUGCGCAGAACCGGCUGUCAUCACCCAAGAAAGGAAGGACUUGAUAUUUCUAUCUCUCCACAAACUGCAGGACGAUCCAGAUCCUUCCGUGCGCUUGACGGCCUUGCAAGCCACCCGGAUGGUCCAGGAAGCUUGUGGGACCUUGCCCACCUUACUGAGAGGACAGCCCCCCCUGGGCCAACUUGGAAGCCAGGACAGGCAAGACAACGGCUCCGAGAGAGGGCAGUGGGACGUGGCGGAUCCUGCGCUCAGCCACCAGUGGAACCCGGCCUUUCCCGUCUCCCACCGGAUCGUGGCCAGCAGCGCCAAGAAGAGACCGCCGGGGCCAUCCCGCCAAGCCUGAUGCUGCCCCCCCUCGCUUGGGCAAAGUUCAGAAGAAGGCCCUGUUGUCCUUGUGCACGGCGCAAUGCCCGACAGGGUCUGAAACCAGACAGAACUGGCUCCAGAAGCUCGAAUCAAAGCAGGAAGAGAAACAGCCCCAUUGUUGCUUUGUCAGAGGCAGGAGAGCGGGGGUCUGGCUCGAGCGGGGCCCUUCCGCUGGCCUCAGGAAGAUGAUGCUCUUCGCGCUCUGCCCGCCGGUUGUCCUGUUUCAGUCUCCUUUCCGUGAGCAUCGGGAACUUCCAGGGUGCCUUCGCAAGAAAAGUUGCCAGAGACAGCCGGACGUCCCAGAAGACUGUGUCGAUUUUAAUCGUGUUUUUUUUAAAAAAAUAAAGCUUCUACUUAUUUUAUGCU